CUGGCGCUGCGCUGGUGCGGGGGCCGCGGCUGCAUCUUUCUGGUGGUUGCUGUCCAUCCUCCCCCGAGCGGGGGCAGCAGGCCAGACCAGCGGACCCACCGCUGCAGACCGCUGCGGGGGCGGGGGAUGCCGGGCUGCCGCAUCAGCGCCUGCGGCCCGGGGACCCAGGAAGGGGCGGCGGAACCAGGGUCCCCGCCGCCGCCUCCCCGGGGGCCCCUGCUGUCCUCUCAGCCCCCGCCCCCAACUCCGACCUUGACCCGGACCCAGACCCCGGCUCAGGCCUCGCAGCUGACGGAGGCGGCCCCGGCAUCCACGGGCUCGGCGGAGGGACAGGAGCUGCAGCGCUGGCGCCAGGGUGCUAACGAGGGUCCGGUGGGCACCGGGCCGGCAGGGGGCGCGGGCGGCGGCCCGGGCGCGGGGGCUGCGGGGGCAGGGGGCCGCGCGUUGGAGCUGGCCGAAGCACGGCGGCGACUGCUCGAGGUGGAGGGCCGCCGGCGCCUGGUGUCGGAGUUGGAGAGCCGCGUGCUGCAGCUGCACCGCGUCUUUCUAGCGGCGGAGCUGCGCCUGGCGCAUCGCGCCGAGAGCGUGGGCCGCCUGGGCGGUGGCGUGGCGCAGUCCGAGCUCUACCUGGCGACUCACGGGUCGCGCAUCAAGAAGGGCUCGCGCCGCGGCCGUCGCGGCCGCCCGCCGGCGCUGCUGGCCUCGGCGCUGGGUCUCGGUAGCUGCGUGCCCUGGAGCACCGGACGCCUGCGGCGGGGCCAUGGCCCCGAGCCCGACUCGCCCUUCCGCCGAAGCCCGCCCCGCGGCCCCGCCUCCCCCCAGCGCUGACCUCAGCACCAGGACCCCCGGCCACCCCCCACAGGCCAUCGCCGAGGUGCCGACCGAAGGAUUGCGGACGCCAGCUGGAUGGACGGCGUCACCGACGUGGAUGGAUGGACUGACCGACCACAGGAAGAGACAGUCAGGGGGCCGGGGGACCAGUAAAGCAGGCUGAGGUGCGGUCUUAGCGGCUGCUCCUCCCAGCUCUUUAGAGCCUCCACUGUAUGGAUCUGAACUCCUUCCCUGGGCACCUCCUUCAGGAAGACUUCGGUGGACCCUACACAUCCUUGAGCCCUCCUCACUUUGCAGGAGCGUGUCGUUUUACAGGAGCAGGGGGCUGGACUCAGGAAGUUGCCUGUGUGAAUUUCUUUAUGUAUGCCGCAUUUGACUUUGGCUUCCCCUGUGCAAUUGAAAGUGUUACAACAGGUCCUCGAUAUGCAAUCAGGUUAGUUAAGAGUGCAGCAAACAUUUCCAAUGUGAAAGUGAAAAGGAUUUCUCUUACAAAUAUAGUCAUCAUUCUUAAGUCACAGUGCAGCUUGGUAGCUGCUAUAGCUUCUCAGUCUAACAGCAGCGAGACCUGUUUGACGGAAAAUGGUCUGAGAAAAUCCCUGUCUCCCUCAUCCACUGUCCUUGCCCUCUCUGUGUGGGAGGUGCCUGUGGCUUCUCAGAAAGAUGGUCAACUCUGGCUCCUGGGGCAGGGGGAGGGAGACACACCUCUUUCUCAAAAGAGGUGGUAGCCACAUAAAAACUCUAAGCAAAGUUUUAAAUGAGGAAAGAAAACCACACUUAUUCAAAUAUUCUGAUUAUAGAAGGAAGGGGGCUACAUUUACACACAACCCAGAACUUGUGGAAUUUGGCAUAAGGAAUGUAUAUUGAGUCAGUCCCUUGAUUCAUACAUUCAGGAAGAAUACAUUUCAAUAAUGUGAGACAAAUGCAUGUGGUUUUGAAGUUUACUU